AUGAUUAAAAUCAUUAUUCCUUUCUUAUAUUUAAUUAUUUUAUUGAAUAUUAAAUGUUCUGGGAAGUUAAUUAAAAUUAAAGUUAAAAUAGAAGAUGAUUGGGAGGAAAAAAGAGAAUUUAUUUAUUUAAAAAAUGUUGAAAUAAAAGAACGUUUUGUAUUAAAAACAAUUGAAAAAAGCAUUAAUAGAUAUUUUAGCCCAAAUUAUAAUAUAGAUGAAUAUUUGCAUCCAGUUGAAAUAAACAUUGAAAAAAAUAUUUUUAAUGUUCGAAUAAAUGACAGGUCAUAUAUUCCGUCUGUUCAAUUAAAAAGAAAAGUUUUGAUUGAGAUUGGCAAUAAUGAAAUUAUUCAAAAUUUUUUGCCGGGAUUUGAAAAACGGGUAUUUUUUAUAUUUUAAAUAUUCGAAUAUUCUACACAAACUGGGGUAUAAGGUUGAAUUAACAAAAUGAUCGAAGUGGAAAUUAAAAAUGAAUGGGAUCUGAAAAUUUCGCCUCG